UUUGGCCAAAAUUGUGUCUUGUUCUCAAGCAAGUUCACAGUGCUGGCUUCCAUCUCUCGGGCGGGACAUUCCGGAUCGCAGUGGAGGUCCACAGAGGUCGAUGCGGACGGGGGGCCCUGCUGGAAACGGAGGGGCAGUAGAGGCCAAGGGGCCACCCCUACACCUGGAGCACAGAGGGGCCUGGGCCAGGGCCAGGGCCUCGGGAAGCCAUGGAGAGCUUCAUGGAGUCGCUGAACAGGCUGAAGGACGUCCAUGAGAAUGAGAUCACGGGACACCCAGGCUGAGGUCUGCCCGGCCGACACAUCUGUCCGAUUCUCCCGCCGGCAACAGGGCCGCAGCCACACCACCCCCUUCACUCCAGUGCCCGGGCCAGACCCUCCCGAGACCUUUCUGAGACUCACACACACCCUGAAGCCCAAAAGGGCCUGGGUCACCUCUCCCAGAGACCCAGAGGGGCAGGGGCUGCUUGGGCUAGCCUAGGGCCCAAGCCAGACCACAAUGAGGCCUGCAGAACAAGCUUCUGGAACUGAACUCAGAGAGGUGCCGGGACGCCCAGAGGGCGGAGGAGCUCUGUGCCAAGAACCGUCAGCUCAGGGAGCAGCAGAGGGCGCUGAAGGAGAACCUGCGGGCACUGGAGAACAGGCUGCGGGCCGGCCUGUGCGACCGCUGCAUGGUCACCCAGGAGCUGGCGAGGAAGAAGCAGCAGGAGUUCGAGAGCUCCCUGCUCCAGAGCCUGCAGCAUGUCUUCCUUCUCACGACCGAGCUGACCCGGCUGCAGGAGGAAAACGAUGCCUUGAAGGAGGAGGUGAAGCAGCUCCGGGGCCCAGGGCCCAAGCCCCAGCCCAGGGAGGGCGCCCCAGACCCCCCGUCACCCCUGCUGCUCCCCUCCCUGGGCACCUGGAAGGCCGUCACUGAGAAGCCACUGGGAGGCCGUGAGGAGACGGAGGACAACCACGCAGAAAGGCCGGUGGGGUACGGGACGUCUCCAGUAGCCAAAAUCUCCCCGGGUGCCAGCCUGCCUGAGCCCCGGGCCCCGGACAUGAGCCCCCAGCACAUCUCCAACCAGCUACACGGGACCAUCGCCGUGGUGCGGCCAGGGUCCCGGGCCUGCUCCGCCAACCGGGGCUCCGUCAACGGGACGUCCCCACUGCCGCCCCCCAGGAGCAGCCCCCCAAGCCCGCCUGGAGAGCACAGCCUCCCUCUGGACAGCUUCCUGCAGGCCUCUCUGCCCUCUGCCAAGCCCUGCGAGUCCCCGAAGCGCUCCCUCCAGGCCGACCGCCUCUGCCACCCGAACCGCCACCUGGCCCUGCCCCGUGGGAGCCCUCACAGAGGCCCCCAGGCCCCCGCCGCAGCCCCCAGCGGCCCCCAGCCCCAGGGCCUCAAGGCCGGGGAGGCGGAGGCCGGGGAGGAGCCCACGGGUCUGCUGGGCCUAACAGGCGCCCUGGCGGGCGGGCGGGACCCGCGGCUGGAGGGAGCGCUGCACCUGCUCCUGGCCCGGCAGCUGUGGGCCCGGGGGCGGGCGGGCGGUGCCGGGCUGAGGGGCCCACCGGUGCCGGGGAAGACGCCACCCUCCCCGCCAGCCGGCUCCCACUCGGAGGGUCCCGGGGGCGGGGCGGCCGGGGCAGCCCUGCCCAGAGGGCAGCACCCACAGCCCACAGGCCCAGGCAGUCCCGGGACAAAGGAGGCCACGGCCACACAGGACUAUGUCCCGGACAAGCCUCUGGACCUCUCCGAGUGGGGCCGGGGCCGGGACGGCGCCCCCAAGCCUGCCAGCCUGCCAGGAUCACUCAGCCCCCCAGGUGCCCACACGCCCAGCCCCAGGCCACCCCAGGGAGUGGAGCCCUCUGCACAGUCUGGGGUCCAGGGACUCAGCGACGGCACCAAGGGGGCCAAAGAGCCAGAGGCGGAAGAGCCUCCACCUUCCACGGAACCCUCACAUUCUCUCCCAGGCCCCAGCCUGCCCUCUCCAAGUGGACCAGGAGAUGAGGACAGAGGGAGGCCAAAACUGCCUCUCUGCGCGCAAAGGCCUGAUGGAGACAGCCACCCGGAGCUCAGCAAAGCCCAAGGACAGCGGCCGGAGUCGGAUGAGCUAGAUAAGCCAGACACCUCGGACAGCGAGGUGGGCCUGAGCACCGAGGCGGGGGCCACGCGGAGCUCGCCAGCCGAGGGACCCAGGGGUUUCUGCGCCAAGGAGCGUGGGCGGGGCCCACAGAAGAGGAAGCGGGCCUCAGACCAGUGGAGCAAAGCCUCGAAGAAGCCGUCCUGAGGAAUAAGGAACCCAGGGGAGCCAGGAGCCCGAGGGACCCCGAGGACAGCAGCCCCUCACCCAGCACCAGCAGCUGGGAAGAGAGCCAGGGGCACCCCAGCCUGCCCAGCCGUGCUCCCCACCCGACUGCCCGCGGCCAGGACAGCCCACGCCGUCAGCCAGCAGACGGUCCCAGCAGCAGCAUAGUGAACUGGGUCCUGGCCCACAUCCAGAGGGGUUGGGAAGGCCAAGAGGGCUGGUCUUCUGAACCCCUCCAUCUCAGAAAUGGUCUUGCCCGCCACCCUCAGCCCAGCAUCUGCUCCCUUGCAGGGAGUAGGGGCCUGGGAGGCCAGGGUGGCUCAAGCUCCAGCCCAGCCCCACCCCCCACCCCUGCUGUGCACAGGCAGCCCUUCCUGGACAGUGCCCCCUCCUCCCACCAACUCCACUAGCAUCCUGGACCCAAGGGGCUACGAGCCUGGCCACCUAUUCCUGACGGGGCAUGGAGCUCUGAGCGGUGGUCUCGGGCGCCCCCUCGUGGAGUCCCACAAACAGGUGCUGGGCAGUGAGGGCACAGGAAGGCUGACGGCAGCACCUGGGGAGGGGGGGGGGGGGUCCCAGGGCAUCCAGAGA